UGCUACUGUAUUUGUGUGACAAAUGUUCUAAUUACUACAGCCUUAAAGGAAUGUAAGAAGGAUUUAUCAAAUGAGCUGUAUAACAUAUGUGCAUAUUGGAUAAGAACAAAAGGAAAAGGAAGAACUGGCAUAUAACACAUGGUCAGUCAAUGUACAGAGGCUGGAAGGUAUUGGCAAUCAAAAGGCUAGAGACAGAAGCAAGAGUAAGACAGCUUGUAGUGCUCCACCCUCCAUUUCAUUGGAACAAAUCACAUGGCUAGAGCCUGAAUAAAAAUAAAAGACACAGUGCCCUCCGGUCUCACAGGAACAUUUCAACCUCAACGUCAAGUCACCUUCAGGGAACAAAGUUGCCAAAUUUGGAUAUACAUAAGUUACGAAAUAUAUAGAGGAGAUAUUGAAAUAAUCAGAAGAGUUACCACCAGGCAUUAUAAUGCAGUUGUAGAGGCUGAUUCUGAUCUUUCACAUUGGAGUUUGAAAUAGCCUCACACAGACUGUUCAGACAAUGGGCCUAUACAGCCUGCUGGAUGAGCAAACAUGGUCGUACAUCGUGUUCUUCCUGGGCGUGAUAGCGCUCGUCCUCUAUGCCAUGUCCACUUUCUUCAUCAUUGUGUCACAGAUAGGCGGGAGAUUUAUCCUCUUCAAGAAGGAAGACACAGCCCUGAUCUCAGACAAUGUUCCCGGCGUGUCCAUCAUCAAGCCCCUGAUGGGAAUUGAUCCCUUGUUGGAAAUCAACCUCGAAAGCCACUUUAGCAUUUCAUAUCCAAAGUUUGAGCUGCUGUGUUGUGUGCAGGAUGACCACGAUCCCGCCAUCAAUCUUGUAUAUAAACUCAAGGAAAAGUACCCCAAGGUUGACUGCUCACUCUUUAUAGGUGGAAAGGACGGCAUCAUCAACCCCAUGGUGCACAACAUGGCCCCCGCCUACGACCAUGCCAAGUAUGAGUAUGUCUGGAUCAGCACAAGUAGGAUUAAAGGGAGUACGGAUAUCAUGAUGGACAUGGCAUGUAAGCUGCAGAAACCAAAUGUGGCCCUCUGUCACCAGAUGCCCUUUACCACUGACCAGAAGGGCUUCGCUCAGACGCUAGAGAAGACGUAUUUUGGUGGAGCGUUUGCCCGCUACUACCUUGCGUUCAAUAUCCUGGGCCUCUGUUGCUGUACGGGAAUGUCGUACAUGUUCAAGAAAUCAGCCCUUGAUGAGCUGCACGGUCUUAACUGGUUCGGCAAAUAUCUGGCAGAGGACUUCUACCUGACACACGCUUUACAUGAGAAGGGUCACAGACUGGUGAUGUCCUCUUAUCCGGCUCAACAAAACCUCGCCCAGUCAGCAGUAGUUGGUUAUAAGAACCGCAUGGUCAGGUGGUUGCGACUACGGUUGAACAUGAUGCCUCUGGUGAGUGGCUUCCUGGAGCCCAUGACGGAGUGUAUCCCCCUGGGCUUGUAUGCAGCCUGGGCAUUCUACCACUUCCUUGGCAUCAACCCAUACAUCUUCUUCGCUGUCCAUUUCUGCCUCUGGCUAAUAUCUGAUCACUUGCUUCUCAGAUUGAUACAGGUAAAAUCAAAGCAUGGCCCAUUACCUUUCUCCAAGCUGCAGUAUACCAUAGUAUGGAUCCUGCGUGAGGUCCUAGCUGUCUGGGUUUUCUUUGUGGCUCUCAUCUCACCGCGCCGCAUCAAAUGGGGAAAACACACUUAUAAACUUUCCCUCGGGGGACAUACAGAACUGUUAAACACACAUGAUAAGGGCAAAGUCAAGUUGUAGCAUAAUCAUCAGACAUAUCAGUUUUACCAAUUAAGGCCAAGGUCACCCAUUUUAUCCAUCAAUCAGUUAUACAUGUAUACUUAACCAUAGUUUAAAAGACAUAUUUUCAUUGCUUCAUUGCUGUGUUGUAAAUAGGUGCAGAAUUUGAUCUUUUAGUUGUAUUUUCUAUGGUCAACUGCUAACAUAAUGUUUGUUAUUUAACAUAUGUUGUAUGUUUUGAUAUAUAUGGACUAAAUAUGAAAGAUGUUCUGUCCUGUCAUUAAUGCUUUGUUCGCUUUUAAUUACAUUAUGCAAUUUGAAUGACUCAAAACCAGAUCUUGACCAACCAGUUUUUCAUGUAUAUUAAGCAUAAUGGAAGUUUUGCUUUAUCACUCUUUUUACCAUAUUAAUUAAGGGGCUCUUUGUUUUACUUACAUUUGUAUACACAUAUAUAUAUAUAUAUAUAUAUUUAUCAACAUCAAAACUGUAGUAUAUUUUGUAAAUGCUUUAUAUACCUGUUGGAUAAUAUGAUUUUACAAUAUUUAUACUUUGUGGGGCCAAAUGCAUGACUUUGUGUGUCAGAAUAUUUUUUUUAUAUAAUAUAAUGCAGUACAAACUGUAACUCAGUGUUUGAUUAUUUGAAAGGUUGUUGGUAUUUAUACAAGAGGAAAUAUUUGUAUAUCCACCUUGAACUUUAACCAUGCUUGUAAGGAGGAUGUUAGAAUCGUGUCAGUUGCAUAAUUUGAUCUUUUUGUCUGAAAGGGGCAUUCUUUAUUGCCUUGACUGAAUUUGGCAUGGCUAUAACUAUAUCUUACAGCAAUGUUAAUUGUAUUUUAUAAUACUUAAACAUUCUAUUGGAGCAUAAUCCAUUUUUUUUAGAAUUUCAAAAUAUAUUUUCUUGAAUUUUAAACAUACUAGGGCAUAAGCUUUCCCUAUAGGGCUCACUUUAAAUCAUCAUGAAGAAAUAAGAUUUCACCAUUCCUCAAUGUUAAAACUUUAAUAGCCACUUUGUUCAGUGAACAGUCAAACCAAAGCAUAGCCAAAUAUAAUUCAGGUGUUUUUAACAGCUUCUGAAGCAUCUAGUAAUAUACUAACAUACCAUUUUCAUUGGCAAUGGUAGCAUCUUUGACCUACUUGUGUAACUCUGUAAAUAUUAACAUAUUUCAUAUGUCAUUACAUGCCUGUUUAUUAAGCGAGUGCUUCCUUGACUUAAAGGGAAUGCAGUACAUAUAAAAAAUAAUUAUAUUUUUAAUCAUGUUAUACAGAUAUUAAAUACCGGGUAUGUGAUGGAAUUUCAUACGUGGGACUUUACUCAUAAAGCAUAGCAGUGAAUUGAGGUUCAACUUGGUGAACAUUUCGUAACUUUUGAAAAUGAUUAUUUUAAUACCCUCUACUUCUCAUCAAAUUUAUUCAUAUGCAUAUAUUCUUUAGAACAUUUUUGCAGUAUUUUCAUAUCGUUGGUGUAGAAACAUUGUUAGUUUUCUUUAAAUUCAACUUAGAAAAAGGCAAAUUUUCACUAUGUUGAAAAUAGUCACUAAGAUGCAUUAUGAAUCAGCCCCUGGAGAAUGAAUCCCCCUAAAUUAGAUUUUUUUACAUGCAUGAAUGGAUAAUGAACAUCUAGAAUACUGUUUGAAUACUUAGGUUAUUGAACGGUUCUUUUAGGUAGUGUUGGAAGUGGUAGUAUGACAAAAUAUGUAGACUUGGGUAUCAUUAACUUGUCUGUUAUGUAUGGAGAACAAGAAAUUGUAAAAAUGCAUUGGUCAUGUGAGACAAAGUUGACUGGUUUUUUUUUGCAAUUAUAACUUUCAAUUGGAUUUUUGACACAAAGAAUUAUUAUAAUUUGUCUGUUGCUUUUUUGUUGUUGUACGCACACAGGUUAGGGGCUCCAUAGUUAUUUAUAAAGCAAUAUACCAAAUGUGCUUAUACUAAACACAGAGCUGAUAAUUUAUUAAAAUGACAUAGCUUUCCCAGUUAUUUAUAGAUGAUUGAUAUUGACUUUACCUGCACAUGAUAGUUCUUCCACAAUAUAGGAUGAUAUAGCCUUUACCCACAAAAUAUAGGGUGAUAUUGUCUUCACUCACACAUGAUAGGGUGAUAUUGUCUUCACCCACACAUGAUAGCGUAAUAUUGUCUUUACCCACACAUGAUAGCGUAAUAUUUUCUUUACCCACACACGAUUGCGUAAUAUCGCAUUUACCCUCUCAUGAUAGGAUGAUAUCGCCUUGAACCCACAUGAUAGGGUGAUAUUCCCCUUACCCAUACAAUAUAGAGUGAUAUCGCCUUUACCCACACAUGAUAGGAUGAUAUCGCCAUUAUCCCACAUGAUAAGGUGAUAUUGUUUUAACUCCAACAUGAUAGGGUGAUAUUCCCUUUAGCCACACAAUACAGGGUGAUAUUCCCUUUACCCACACAUUAUAGGAUGAUAUUGCCUUUACCCUAACAUGAUAGGAUGAUAUCGCCUUUAACCACAUGAUAAGGUGGUAUCACCUUUACCCACAUGAUAAGGUGAUAUUGCCUUUACCCACACAUUAUAGGAUGAUAUCCCCUUUACCCACACAUGAUAGGAUGAUAUCACCUUAACCCAGAUAAUAAGGUGGUAUUGCCUUGAUCCACAUGACAAGGUGAGAUUGUCAUAACCCACAUGAUAAGGCUAUAUUGUCAUUACCCACACAUGAUAGAAUAGUAUCGCCUUAACCCACACAUGAUACGGUGAUAUCGUUGUGACCCACUUUACCUGCACUUGAUUGUUAUCUGUGUGCAGGGCAGGGAUGUAAUGUAUAUUAUGUGCAAUAUGUUGCUUGCUGUACUUGUUACAAGAUGCCAUCUGUUACCAUGGCAUCAAGCCUGUCUGUUCAUUUUGGAAUCUCUAGUUUGAAGAUGUAAAAGUCCAUUUAAGACACAACCAUACAUGAAGGUUGUGUUAUGUACCCAGGAAAUAGAAGUUGGUUGAAAUCACUUCAUUAAUACUAGUGGUGACGGAAGAUAUAAUUAUAAUUAUUAUUAGACCGGAGAAUCACCCAUCAUACCUGUUAUAAAAAAUGUUCUAAAACUGUGACUCUAUUUUGUUCUAAAACAUGAGUAUUUUUUUGUAUAUGAAGUUGCAUUUUUAGUACAAAAUGAAUUUUGAAAAAAGAUUUCAAAAGAAUUAUUCAUGUUAUUUAAAAAAAUAAUCUGUUACAAUGAAAUUGAAUGGCUUCUUUAAAACUGUUCAUUAUUGUGUUACCAUGUAUAAUAAUGCCAUGAAGUGAGAUAUUGUUCAUAUCUCCGUAUAGUUAUUGGCCCUGUCAGUUGUAGUACUUAAUACACAUAUAUGUCUUAACAUGUUAAUAUUUCCUUAGUUAAUUUUAGCCAUUUAGUAUGUAAUGGAAAAAUGAACAUUUAAAAAUCACCACACAGAUUCAUCCUCUGGCAAUAUAUGCCAUCUUUAUACUCUUAAUUGAUAGAAUAACAAAUCUAGACAACAUUCAUAUAAAACGUUUAAAUGUCUUCAAGCAUUCAAGUUUGUUGACACGGUAGGAUUAUUACAUUUAUUUAGUUAUACUACUGUUGAAUAAUGAGAGCUUUAUAGAAUAAAAGUUAUUUUUAACAUGCUCAGGAAGAUGAAAAGGACCAUUAUAUCUGUAACAUUCCAUUUUACUUUACUGCUAAUGUGAUGUUGUUGUGUCUUGAUGGUUGUGAUUGAAAUUUCAUAUAUAUUGAUAUUGUUUUAAAAUUGGUCGGAGGUAUUUAUUAUAUAUGUAUGUAUUUAUUACGUAAUGUUUAAAAAUUAUAUGUAUAUGUUUAAAUGAAACAAUAUCUAACAAGUUAUAUGCUGAGUUAUAUGAUUUCACAACAUUUUAAAUGAUUGAGAUUCCACAGUCAUUUCUGGGACUUCCUGAUCUAUUAUUUAAGCUUGUAUUGUCAAUUCUCAAGUAGCUGAAUCUGUAUGGUAAUUUAAAACUAAUCUGAGUCCUUGUCUGAAAGCUUAUAGUAACACAAAAGCUGGUAAAUGCAGUUUUAAUAAUUUACCAACAUUUAACCAUGUGUCUUCAUUUGUUAUCACAUAAUAGUCAUGUUCCUGUUUUGUCUUUCUAUGUUACAAUGUAGCUGUUAAGUACCUGUGGUUUUAAGAGACAAUUUUAUAUCUUGGAGAAGCAGGAUAAUGUCAUGGAAACUAUUACAUGUGAAAAUUAAGUGUCUUACUCGUCUUGUUGCACUCAGCAUGUCAAAUAUUGAAAGCAGCCACUCAAUUACGUUAUGGUUGUAAUCAAUUUUGACCAAUGGGAUGACAUUCAUACUGAUAGAUCUAUGUUUCAUUGGCUGUACUUAAAGUUCGAUUCGUGAACAUUGAAAGUGAAACCUUAUACAUGUAGCUUGUCAAAUUAUCUACUGUGAGUAAUGAAUAUCAUUCAACCAGGUGAUUAAAAAGGAAUUUUGCACUGGAAAUAUAACAGUUCUGUAGGAAGGACAAAGGUACUUUUUGUGAGAGGAUGAAUAAUCAUGUAAAAUACCAUGGAUGAUGGUAACUAACUGGGGCUUUGUCAGUAACACAAUAAUUUCAGCCAAUUGAAGGUCUAUUUAAAAAUGAAUCAUUUGUCUGGCUGCACUAAUGACUUGAUUUUUUUUUUCAUAGAGACUUCCAAUAAACAAUAGCCUAUACACAAAAAAACUAAUGUAUAUUUAUUGUAUUAUAACUUUAUGUCCAUAUAUUGAGACUUCACAUAUUAGAUAAUGAAGAUAUACUACUGAGCAACCCGACAUGUUAUUUACAUUUAUAUUUUUAUUUCUCAAUAGCGGCCUAUUGUUGGUGGUGACUGUAGAAUAAACAUAAAUGUUUUCCCCUUUCUCUAUUUUCUAUUAGCUGUGUUUUAGGUAGUUAUGAGACCUUUGGUGGUUAAGCACUGUUAUUUGAUUUUUUUUUUUUUUAGUAAAAUGUGUUCAAAUACAGUUUAUUUCUUGAUAUUUUAUUUAUAAUGUUUAGCAUUAGAAUCAUGAACACCUGGCAAUAACUUUAAUUUCAAAUGUCAGAACAAAUAUUCAUACAUCUGCAUAACUUAAAUUUUAUUAUUAUUACUAUCACUUACUAAGAUUUCCUAUUUAAAUAGUUCCUGACUUCCUUUUCAUUCACAUACAAUUUGCAUCAUAGAACUUCACAAAAUGAAUACUUUUAUUCGCAGGGUAUGAACUGUAAACUUAAUAUUUAAGGUAUUUUGUUGAAUUAGUUGUCAGUAUUCCAAAUGUGGAACAUGUUGACUAUUGAGCUGUAUUUACUUUGUUUUUAUAUUUUUCAGACAGCCAUAAUUUUCAAACUUAAAUUGUUGCCAGGCAAUGAUGCUGUGGAUUAGGGAAUGAAUGAAUAUUGAGAAAUGCUUGAAAAGAAACUAAUCUAAAUAAAUAUCAUACCAAUAUUGUUACAACAUUUGCAAGAAAAACUAAAGGCCACACCAAAAUGAUGUUUGUUUUACAAAUUUAUGCACCUUUUUCAAAAAAUACAAAAACCUAUUUUAAUUCUUUUUUAUAGCAAGUUUGCCUAUUUUUUCCUGCAUCAAUUGAAAGAUGCCAAACAGUGCUUUCUUGUGAACAUAUUUAGUGUAAAGCAACCCCUAAAACAUGUAUAAAAUCACUAUAUUUAGUGGGUAUUGCCUUUAACUUUUUCUUCGAAGGUUGAAUGAUGUUGUAAUUGUUCAUGAUUUUCAAAUAUUGAUGAAAUUUGAUUCUGCUGGCUUGCUCCAAUUUUUCUCUGCAACAUUCAAUAGUCUUGGAACAAAUCAUUAAAUAGGUGUGGCUAUAUGUGUUAUUUGCUCUGCACAUGCAUACUAUUUUAAAUAGGUAUUUAUAUAAAUAAAUCAUAUUAUAUUUGUAUUAAAAACCACUGUAAUCUUUUGUUAAGAUAUGUACCAUACACGUAAAAGUGGCCUAUUUUGGUUAACAGCCAAAGAACCAAAUCCAUCCAAGCUAUAUGAAAGUACUUUCGUAAUAAAAGUAAAACAAC